AUGGAAGAACCAGGAACACGAGUCGAAGAACCAGGAACACGAGUCAAAGAACCAGGAACACCAGCCGAAGAACCAGGAACACGAAUGGAAGCAAGCAGACAAACAACAAAUGACCCUGAGAAUCGUUAUGAGAGCGAACAAGCUUCAGAGAGGGUGCAUGUAAGAGGACUUCGAGGAACGGAAGAGGACUUCGAGGCACGUGAAGGAGGAACGGAAGAGGACUUCGAGGCACGUGCAGGAGGGACGAAAGACGACUUCGAGGCACGUAAAGGAGGAACGGAAGAGGACUUCGAGGCACGUGAAGGAGGAACGGAAGAGGACUUCGAGGAACGGAAGAGGACUUCGAGGCACGUGAAGGAGGAACGGAAGAGGACUUCGAGGCACGUGCAGGAGGGACGGAAGAGGACUUCGAGGCACGUGAAGGAGGAACGGAAGAGGACUUCGAGGCACGUGAAGGAGGAACGGAAGAGGACUUCGAGGUAG